AUGGGCUCUGCACGAACCGUCAGAUCGCGGUCGCGGAGCUUCGCAUCAGUCCUUCCGUGUUUCGCGGCGGUCGUCGUUGCUCUCCUGCCGCGUGUCGUCCAGCCCGUGACCCUCGCAGACUCUCAAGGUGCGCUAAGGAGUGCCUCUUUCAGUUCCCCACUGAUGGCGCGGUACGAUCAGCAAACUGAGCCCUCAUGUGCAUUCUCACACCAGCAGGUUCUAGCAAGGCCUAAGCGCCACGCCGAUUCAGUUGUCCUUAACAGCUGGACCUCCCUUUCCCUCGUCCUCUACCUCUCCCUCACCCUCUCCCGCUCCUCCUCUCAAAACCCGUAUUCCUCCUGUCCGCCUCGCCUUUCCUCCUUCGAUUUCCCCCGCAAUGGGCGCGCAGCGGCGGCGCUGAAGGAGUGUGCGGCGGAGUGGGGGAUGAGCGCGGCGGAGUGGGCGCAAGGCGCAGACUGCGCGCCGGAGGAGACGAUCAAGUGUGACGACGAUGGCAUGGUCACAGAACUGCACCUGAAUUCAAAGAACCUCAAUGGGUCCAUCCCCCUCGCCCUCACCGCUCUCUCCCUCCUUAUAUCACUGGAUCUGCAGUCCAACAGUCUCUCCGGCCCUCUGCCCCCCGCCUUCUCCUCCCUCCCCCUGCGCGUCCUGAGGCUGAGCAACAACAACCUCACGGGCCCUGUCUUCACCGUCAUUGCGCGCAUGCCAUCACUCGUCGAACUCGAGAUCUAUAGCAACAGCUUCACAGGGCCCAUUCCACUCACCGUCUCGUGCCUGCAGAAUCUCUCGUCUCUCGUAAUGAAUUCCAACGACUUUCACGGGCCGUUUCCACCAGCCUUCACCCACCUCACAACCCUCGCCUACCUGGGCAUCGCAUGGACGGGCCUCUCCGGCCCGCUCAUCCAUCACAUCACCGCCCUCUCCUCCCUCACAUCUGUCUACGCGCCAGACAACAACAUCUCAGGAAGCAUCCCCAGCACCAUUACUGCCCUCUCCCGCCUCGUGCCUGGUGCUGAGUCAGAACCCCUUCAUCUCAGGCUCCCUGCCUCACGCCCUCUCUCGCCUCACCACCCUCCAGCACCU